UGCUGCUGCUGCUUCUCUUCUCCUUGGACCAUGCUGCUUCUGCCUCUGCUGCUCUCCUGUCUUGCUGGCCAGGCCUCUCCCGUGGAGGUGAAGAGACCCAGAGGUGUCUCCCUAACGAAUCACCACUUCUAUGACGAAUCCAAGCCCUUCACUUGCCUAGAUGGCUCUGCGACCAUAGCCUUUGACAGAGUCAAUGAUGACUACUGUGACUGCAGAGAUGGCUCUGAUGAGCCCGGGACUGCUGCCUGCCCCAGUGGGCGCUUCCACUGCUCCAAUGCCGGCUUCCGCCCUCAGUAUAUCCCCUCUUCCCGUGUCAAUGACGGGAUUUGCGAUUGCUGUGAUACAACCGAUGAAUACAACAGCGGUGUCGUCUGUGAAAACACUUGCAAAGAGAUGGGCCGGAAGGAGCGGGAGGCCCUGAAGCAGAUGGCUGAAGUGGCCAGAGAAGGCUUUGAACUCAAGAAGGCUCUCAUGGAGGAAGCAAGCAAGAGGAAGGAGGAGAAGCAGAGGAAGCUGUCUGAGCUGCAGGAAGGGAAGAAGUCUGUGGAGGAGAAAGUGGAGGCUCUGAGGUCGCUGAAGGAGGCUGCCGAGAAGCCAGAAAAGGAAGCCAAGGAUGCCCACCUGAAGGCCUGGGAGGCCCAGAAAGCAGCUGAACAGGCAGUGAAGGACCAGGCCAGAGCGGAAGAGGCCUUCCAGGAGCUUGAUGGUGAUGCAGAUGGCAUGGUGUCGGUCGCUGAGCUUCAGGCCCGUGCUGAACUAGACGUGGACGGUGAUGGGAUCAUGACGGAGUCCGAGGCCCAGGGUUUGCUGGGCGAUUCUUCUCAGGUGGACCUGGCCCAGUUCCAGAGCACUGUGUGGGCAGCCAUUAAGGAGAAGUACAAAGGAGAGAGUUUGGCUGAUGCCCAGCCCCCGCCCAAGACCCCCCUGGAAGAGGAGCCCGUCCCCCAGCCGGACACUCAUCAGGACCAGCUGCCUCCUGAGGAGGACUAUGAUGAAGAAGACGACGGAGAGGACGAAUCAGAUGAAGACGGCCUGGACGAGGAGGAGGCAAAGGUGGUUCCUCCAGUGGCACCACCAUCCAGCGACAAGGCAGCGGAGGAUGAAUCAGAAAAGAUGCCCCCUUACGAUGACGCCACACAAACUCUCAUUGACGCCGCCCAGAAGGCCCGGGAGCACUUCGAAGAGGCAGAGAAAUCCCUGAAAGAUACGGAGGAAUCCAUCAGGAGCCUGGAGAAAGAGAUCUCCUUUGAUUUUGGGCCUCGCGGGGAGUUCUCUUAUCUCUACGACCAGUGCUACGAGCUGACCACCAACGAGUACAUCUAUCGUCUCUGUCCCUUCAGCAGAGUAUCCCAGAAACCGAAGCACGGUGGCUCGGAGACCAGUUUGGGGACGUGGGGAUCUUGGGCCGGGCCAGAGGAUGACAAAUUCAGCAUCAUGAAAUAUGAGCACGGAAUGGGCUGUUGGCAGGGCCCCAGCCGCUCCACCACGGUGAAGCUCUCAUGUGGCAAGGAGACCUUGGUCACGGCCACCACGGAGCCCAGCCGCUGCGAGUACCUGAUGGAGUUUGUCACCCCCGCAGCCUGCCAUGAGCCAAAAGACGUCCUCCACGACGAAUUCUGAGGGCAGAUCUGUGCGGGAGCCAUUGACUCAGAGGCCAAGUUCUCUUCCAUCCGUUUGCAAGGAGCAUCGAAGAGCCUUUGUCCUGUCCACCCCCCUUCCACUAGGACCCUGCUCUCUCUUCUCUGCGGUCAGGAGUCCUCUGCCCAGAUGGACCUCGCGGUGUUCCAGCAUCUGUCUUUUGUCCUGUCCAAUUGUGGGACUUGUGUCUGUUUUAACCCCGCCUCCAUGGCACAGCUGGCCUGGAUCCUACGGAACAGACGGGACCACCUGGCUGCCCCCCCCACCCCGUCUUUUGUUUCCUCCACUGCCUUUUCUCUUGGAGGAGGGUCGUGGGGUCUGCUGGGAUUCCUGCUCCACCCUGGGGGGCUUCCACCCACCCACCCCCCAAAGCCAAGGACCCGCGUGCAGCUCACCUCCUGCACUCCCCGCCGCACCCAGGACUUCUCUGCUCUUUGGCGUCUAAGGCGGAUCGAGACAUUCCCUUCCAAUAAAGAGGCAAUACUCCUG